GCGGCGCGCAGGCGCAGUGUCCCCGGGUCAAGAUGGCUGCGCGGUGUUCUCCACGCUGGUUGCUGGUGGCGGUGGGAAUACCCCGGCUGCCGGCUGCAGCGGGGAGAGGGGCCCAGCAGCCCCGGGGCGGCGUAGUGGCCACAUCACUGCCUCGCAAGCUGAGCAUCUCUGCCUCCGGGCUUUCCAUGAGCGGUCACGGCCCCCGGGCGCUGCUGACAUUGAGACCGGGUGUCCGCCUCACAGGAACAAAAAGUUUCCCUUUUGUUUAUACUGCUUCCUUCCACACAAGCGCUUCCUUGGCCGAAGAUUAUUACCAGAUAUUAGGAGUGCCCCGAAAUGCCAGCCGGAAAGAUAUCAGGAAAGCCUAUCUUGAGCUUGCCAAGAAAUAUCACCCGGACUCAAACAAGGAUGAUCCCAAAGCCAAGGAAAAGUUUACCCAAGUGGCACGAGCAUACGAGGUGUUGUCUGAUGAAGCAGAGAGGAAGCGUUAUGAUACUUAUGGCUCUGCUGGCUUUGAUCCUGGAGCCAGCAGCUCUGGGCAGAGCCAGUGGAGAGGAGGGCCCUCUGUUGACCCGGAAGAGCUAUUCAGGAAGAUCUUUGGGGAGUUCUCAUCAUCUUCUUUUGGAGAUUUCCAGACUGUGUUCGAUCAGCCUCAGGAAUACAUCAUGGAAUUGACCUUCAAUCAAGCUGCCAAGGGCGUCAACAAGGAGUUCACUGUGGACAUCACGGACACCUGUGAGCGCUGUGACGGCAAGGGGAAUGAGCCUGGAACCAAAGUGCAGCAUUGCCACUACUGCGGAGGCUCCGGCAUGGAAACUAUCAAUACAGGCCCUUUUGUGAUGCGUUCCACAUGUCGGAGAUGUAGUGGCCGGGGCUCCAUCAUCACAAAUCCUUGUGUGGUCUGCAGAGGAGCAGGACAAGCCAAGCAGAAGAAGCGAGUGACGAUCCCUGUGCCUGCAGGAGUUGAAGAUGGUCAGACCAUAAGGAUGCCUGUGGGAAAACGAGAAAUUUUUGUCACAUUCAGGGUGCAGAAAAGCCCUGUGUUCCGGAGGGACGGCGCAGACAUCCACUCCGACCUCUUUAUUUCAAUAGCUCAAGCUAUUCUUGGGGGUACAGCCAAAGCGCAGGGCUUAUAUGAGACAAUCAAUGUGACGAUCCCUGCUGGGAUUCAGACAGACCAGAAGAUUCGCUUGUCUGGGAAAGGCAUCCCCCGGAUUAAUAGCUAUGGCUAUGGAGACCACUACAUUCACAUCAAGAUCAGAGUUCCGAAGAGGCUAACCCGUAGGCAGCAGAACCUGAUCCUGAGCUAUGCCGAGGAUGAGACUGAUGUGGAGGGGACAGUAAAUGGGGUCACUCAGACAAGUACUGGUGGCAGAACCAUGGAUAGCUCCGCAGGAAGCAAGGAUAGGCGAGAGGCUGGGGAGGACAAUGAGGGAUUCCUUUCCAAACUUAAGAAAAUGUUUACUUCCUGAUACCCCUGCUGAGGAAAGCGGUCUACUGGAAGCUAGGCCAGGAGCAGCAGCCCCUCUCCACGGCCAGGGCAUCCGACACAGGAGGACCCCAGAACAGCAGCUCGGGGGAUUCCUGCUUACAGAGCCCUCUGAACCACCUAGUAACAGCAAAACUACGUGAUGACACCUCUGCAUAAAGGUCAUGGUGACAGCCCCUACGCAGUGAUGUGUGGCCUUUGGGCUGGUAGAAAUAUCCUCUCCACUGGUAGGUGGCUUGCUUCUGGCCCAGACAGGGUAAAACACUUGGACUCUUCUUGCAGCAGUAAAAACAUGGAAUCGCAUGUAGUAGAGAGCUUAACAAAUUAAAGGCCGUGCUUACAGCUUAAAAUGAA